ACAACCUAAACGCUUCUGCACCACCUCCACCCUCAUCAAUUUUUCACUUCAUACAUUAACAAUCACUACCCACCAACCUAUCAUCGUCGUCGGAGUUGUAUUAAUGGCGUUUCAUCCUAACCAUCUCUCACAAGAGAUGGCCUUACAACAACAUUUCUCCGAUACCGACAACAAUUCCGUCCUCCGCACAAUUCUACCAGACCACCACCACCACCACCUCGCCGUCGCAGCUCAAUCUUCUCCUUCUUCUCGUUCUGUCGGAAAAGACCAUUGGCUCAAUAGCGCGAUUCUCCGGCAACAGAAUCAGUACGGCGCUGGGGCUGCUGAUGGUGGUAAUAAUUUCCUCAACUUGCAAACGAACAAUAAUUCGGAAUCUGCCAUAACAACGUCUUCUCAGCUUCAUCAUCAGCAACACACCGGGAAUAAUAAUAACCAGUGGCUAUCGAGAUCGAUGAUGCAGAGGAACGUUAGUGAUGUUAGAGGAGACGACAUCGUUUCCCAAGUCUCCAACGAUUCGAUUAUCGCUGCCAUGUCUUCCCACGAUUCUCCUGAUUUAAACAAUCAGUCCAGAAGCGUCGUCGCCAGCCAGGUGGAUAAUAAUGGAGGGGAGAGUGAGGUUGGUGGCGGUGAAGGGGCGUUAGUGAACUGGCAAAACGCAAGGCACAAAGCAGAGGUACUAUCACAUCCACUUUACGAGCAGUUGUUAUCGGCUCAUGUGGCUUGUUUGCGAAUUGCAACGCCUGUGGAUCAGCUGCCGAGGAUCGAUGCACAGCUUGCACAAUCUCAGCAUGUAGUAUCCAAGUAUUCGGCCCUCGGCGGACAUGCAAAUCUUGGUGAUGAUAAAGAGCUUGAUCAAUUCAUGACUCAUUAUGUUCUGUUGCUUUGUUCUUUUAAAGAACAAUUACAACAACAUGUUCGGGUUCAUGCAAUGGAAGCGGUUAUGGCGUGUUGGGAGAUUGAGCAGUCGCUACAAAGCUUAACAGGAGUGUCACCUGGAGAAGGCACAGGUGCAACAAUGUCGGAUGAUGAUGAAGAUCAAGUCGAGAGUGAUGCCAAUUUGUUCGAUGGGAGUCUUGAUGGACAUGAUAGCAUGGGGUUCGGCCCUCUCGUGCCAACGGAGAGCGAGAGAUCCUUGAUGGAGCGUGUACGGCAAGAGCUAAAACAUGAGUUGAAACAGGGUUACAAGGAGAAGAUUGUGGAUAUACGGGAGGAGAUAUUACGUAAAAGAAGGGCAGGGAAACUACCAGGGGACACGACUUCCGUCUUAAAAUCGUGGUGGCAAUCACAUGCGAAAUGGCCAUACCCUACCGAGGAAGAUAAGGCAAGAUUGGUACAGGAAACUGGGUUGCAAUUGAAGCAGAUAAACAACUGGUUUAUUAAUCAACGGAAGCGAAACUGGCACACCAAUCCUUCUUCUUCUUCUUCUUCUACGGUGUUGAAGACGAAACGUAAAAGAAGCAAUGCAGGUGAAUGAUUGAUCAUAACAUAUCAUGCAAUUGCAACAAAGAUGAAGCACAAGGAGCUCUGCCAACAUGAGGAAAAUGGCUAUUUAUUUGUUCACAGAAGUUGGAGUUUCGAAAGUCACACACAUACACACAUAUAUAUACAUACAUACAUAUAUAUAUAUAUAUAUGUAUGGGCAAAUGAAAAAGUGAAUUUGAGAUACCCUUAUCCCUAUGUAUACUAUGAGCUUUGUGUGAAUAGGAUAGGAGAUUUAGGGUGUACAGAAUAAGAAAGUGGCUAUUUUGUUCAAGUAUUGUAUGGUAGUUGGUUUUGGAAACUUCUGAUUUGGGGUUACAAAGGUGUAGAGAAACCACAAGAAGCCUCUUUAAUUUGGCAGCAAUAAAUCAAAAGGAGAAGAUAGUUGUAUUUUGUUGUGUAUGUGAAGGGAUGUUUUGCACCUUUUCUUUUGUAUGUUUUGUAUCAAUCAGCCUCGCUCGGAUAAAGGUGCAUAUGGAAUGUGCGACAAUAUGAUGUAAGAAAGUUGUCGUGUAUUUAAGAAGUAAUGGACUUGGGACAUGAUAAGACCAGGUGUAAUGUAAC